UAGUUCCUUCUUCGCCGAUCCAACCUGUCUCUCGGCUCUACCAUGCUGUAAGAUAUCUAAAGACCUGGCCGGAUGCUCAGCGCUACUGUAGAGCGAGGUUUACUGAUCUGGCCACUGAGGACAGUGUAGGUGAUGUGUACAGUGUGAUGAAUCAGGUGGAUCUUAGCUACACUGGACUUUUAUGGAUCGGGCUCCAGAGUGCAGCAAACACACAAUGGUGCUGGUCUGCAGGAGAUAAAGCUCUCGCCGAUUACUUUAACUGGGCCGUAAACAAACCGAGCGGAAACUUCAAAUGCGUAUCGAACAUGAACGGAUGGUGGAGUGAUACUGACUGUCAGACGCAGCUAUACUUUGUGUGCUACAGUGAAGGUGAGGGUUACGUCAUGGUCAAUAUUUACAAAACAUGGCAAGAUGCUCAAAGUUACUGUACAAGCACCUACACUGACUUGGCCCACAUCCGCUCUCCGUGGGAACAGAACCAGGUGAACGGUGUUGUCGGUAGAUGGGUUUCUGUCUGGAUCGGCUUGUUUCUCGACAGCUGGCAGUGGUCUGAUCAGUGGAGCGGUUGUUUUAGAAACUGGGCGUUGGGACCACCGAGUGUCGGAACUGCCGCCUGUUCUGCUGUGGAGACAGGAACAUUUGGAAGAUGGACGACCGACAUCUGCACCACACCGCACUCUUUCGUCUGCUAUGGAGAUGUGGACAGGAUGACUAAACAACAGAUCAUGAAGAUCAAAUUGGUUUUCAGCGCAGUGACCGACCUGAGCGACGCGUCAGUGCGAGCUGCAAUCAUGAAUCAAAUUAAACAGAAAAUGCAAGCGAAUGGAAUGAAUCAAAAUAUUUCUCUGCGCUGGAGAGUGAGGACUGAUGGAAGUGUCUUCAAUAAAGCUGAAAUGUUUUGAAGUCAUGGGUUCAAA